AUGCAGCUUGACCAUGGCGAUCGACGACCUUCUCAACGACUUCCCGUCAACCCUCGGCGCCACAAGGUGGCCCCUGAGCAUCGCAAACGGGUCGCGACAGCCCAGUGCGCCUCGGCCGCCCGCGACUGCGUUUACCCUGCCGUCGUUGAGAAGGUUUCUGUCCCUCGAGCCGAGCUGGAUGACCUGAGGAAGAAGGUCGAAGCCUAUGAGAAGGCUCUGCAGGAUGCAGUAGCAGACCCAACGAGACGCCAGGAGCUUUUGCAACACGCUGCCAGCCCCGAUUCCUCAUCAUCGGCCAGCCCUUUUGCAAGCACCGUUCCUGCCCUCAGUCAGCCACCUGGAACCAGCUCCAUCAAGACGGAACCGACAGAUGACGACGCAGUGCUGAGUCCUGGGCGUUUACUCCAAGAUGCCGAUGGCAUGGGUAGAUAUAUGGGCGAGACUGCUGGUGCUACCUUUCUCGACCACCUCAAGGAGUUGAUGGGCGCCGCUCUUCCCACCUCCCCGCAAGCUGGACCGGCCCGGGUUGACCAGAGCCGCUUCUUGUCAUCCUUGGGCAACUAUACUGUCGGCGACCAACGUCCGCUGAAUCACGCCGUCAACCCCCUAUGGCUGCCGCCAGAUGGCACCAUCGGCGUUGCCCUGUCUGAACUACGGCACUUCAUCCAGGACGGGGGUGGCCGGUGGCCAAGUGGUGGCAUUUACUGGUGGGGAGACUUGAGCAAAAUCCCCGUUCGAGCGCCAGCUUCACACUCUCCAGACAACGACUUGAGCGCCUAUCGUCAUCUGGCUUUCUACCAUGCUGCUCUCGCCGUGGCGUGCCAAAGCAGCACCGCCCAACCGCCGCCAAGCUCGGAUUCCAACCCAUCUCUGAGCGAGCCGUAUUACGCACGAGCAGCCAUGCUUCUUGGUAAUCCACUCGAGAUCAAGCGUCGCACGAUUGGCGAUGUCGCCUCUCUGGCCCUGAUGAGCUUCUACCUUGUCGAGACGAAUCGUCCAGAUGAGGCUUACAUGUAUGUCACUGCCGCCAUGCACAUCAGCAUAAUGCUCGGCGCCCACAGGGGAUGGGUUGAUGAGCGAGGCAAGAGGGUCUUCUGGUCAGUGUAUUGCCUUGACCGUUGGUUGAGCUGUCUCACUGGACGGCCUCCCACAAUCACAGAUGAGGCCAUCCAACUGCCACUGCCGGCAGACGACGCACUGAUGCCUCCCGCUGCGGGACUCAGGGCUCACGUUGAGCUUUCUCGCAUCUCGGGUCAUGUUGUCGGUAAUACUUACCACACAGCGAAGGCAGAGGCGGGAACACAUCAGCCGGAUAAUGCUAUAUGGAUGCUUGAACAAUGGAAAUCGUCACUGCCGCUAGCCUUACAACUGAUGGAGGGAUUGAGCAACGACCCCGCGAGCUGCUUGUUACAUAUGAGACAUAACCAACUCCUCAUCGUGGCUAUUCGCCCUCUCUUCCUAUCUGCCGUCAAACGAGCGGUCGCUGAUCAUCUGAUGGGCCAAACGACCACCGCAGACGACGCUCCUCAGAUUGAGCAUCUGAAAUGCUGCAUUUCAGCUGCAGUUCGUAACAUGGCACUUGCGCGACACUUGUCAACGUUAAAUGGGCACCGUAAGAUUCUGCAUGCCGGCUUGCAUUUCAUCUUCCACGCUGCUGUUUGCCUCAUUCUUCAACCCCUUGUUUUUCGAGCGGAAUCCUCAGAAGAAGAGGCGAUUGCUGCCAUGAAUGACGUAGAUUAUGGCAUUGAAAAGAUGCUCGAGGCUGCCAGCAAAGGGAACACGGAUGGCCAGCGAUGUGCAGAAACGCUUCAAGAGCUUCGCUGCUUGGUGGGAAGACUAACGGCACCCUUGGGUCAGGACAUAGCUUCUUCCUCUGCUCCUACUAUAGCACCUCAACCUGUUUCCCAGGAGUUUGUGCCGACUCCGCCGCCAAUUGGAGACAAUACGGUACUAUACGACGAAUUGGUUACGUGGAUGGGGGACGACUGGCCGAUAUGUAACAAUUAUGCGAAUGGGUGA